CACGCUAGAGCCAAGUACUGUGUGGCUGAACUGAGAGAAGAGCAUUGUGGUCUCGGAAGCCUUAUGCAAAUAGAAAUCAGGUGUGUCUGAAGAUGGAAAACCUCACGCCAGAACAAUGGCGCGAGAUUGUGAACAAGAAGUUCCGCUUCCCUCCAGAGCUCCUCGGCGCCAUCCGAGAGAGGAACAUAAACUUGGUGUCUUCGCUGCUGAAGACGGGUGACGGCAUCAUCCGUCAGCUGGACGACUCCGAGGACAGGCUAUGGAGAGAAGCGCUGAACUUGUCCAUCCGACUUGGCAAUGAGGACACCAUGGACACCCUUCUCCAAGGGAUCAAGUUUGAUUUCCGGCAGAUUCACGAAGCUCUUCUGGUGGCCGUGGACACCAACCAACCUCGUGUGGUCAAGCGCCUCCUGGACCGGCUGGAUCUAGAGAAGGGAAACAAGAUGGAUGUGCGCUCUUUCGCUAUGGCAAUUUUUGACCACUCCAUUGACGAUUCCCAGUUUGCCCCUGGGGUGACACCAUUGACUCUGGCCUGUCAGAAGGAUCUGUAUGAAAUUGUAACAAUGCUGAAUCAGAAAGGUCACGAAAUUCCUUGGCCUCAUAAAAUCUCAUGCGCAUGUCUGGAUUGCGGGAAUGGACGGCAAUACGAUUUGCUCAAGUUCUCGUUGUCCCGUAUCAACACCUACCGAGGUAUUGCCAGCCGUGCUUACCUGUCCAUCACCGCAGAAGAUGCCAUGCUCAGUGCCUUUCGACUCAGCCGGGAUCUCCGCAAGCUGUCUAAGAAGGAACCUGAGUUUAAGCCUGAGUAUCUUAGCCUCGAGCAGGUGUGCCAGGAAUUUGCCGUCGAGCUGCUUGGAAUGUGCCGGAACCAAAGCGAGGUCACCACCAUCCUGAACAGCUGUGGGAAUCAGGGCGAGGACAGCGAGGACGAGCUGGACCAGCAGACCUUUGAGGAGGGCAUUCCAAACCUUGCUCGCUUGAGGCUUGCCGUCAACUACAAUCAAAAACAAUUUGUAGCCCACCCCAUCUGCCAGCAGGUGCUCUCCUCCAUCUGGUGUGGGAACCUUUCAGGUUGGAGGGGCAGCAGAACGGCAUGGAAGCUUCUGGUGUCUUUCGGUAUCUUCCUGACCAUGCCUCUCCUUUGCCUAAUCUACUGGAUAGCACCAAAGUCAAAGAUGGGGAAGAUAAUAAAGAUCCCAGUGAUUAAAUUCCUCCUCCAUUCGGCUUCAUAUAUGUGGUUCCUGAUCACGCUUCUGGGGGAAUCCAUUGCCAUGGAGGUGUAUCGGGACAGCUUUGCCUCUCGUCAGCACACCAUCCUGCACAGCUCUUUCCACAUGGUCUGGGUGGUUGGUUUUUUCUGGUUCGAGUGUAAGGAGGUUUGGAUCGAGGGCUUGAAGUCUUACUUCCUGGACUGGUGGAACUGUCUGGACGUGAUGGUUCUUAGCAUGUACCUGGCUUCAUUCGCCCUGAGAGUAGUCAUCAUGCUCAAGGUCCACUUCCUCUGCCAGUUACCCGACAACCAGGAUGAGUGUGUCUACUUCAACAACACUCUGCGCGAUGAGUGGCAUCAGGAGGAUCCCCAGUUCAUCGCUGAGGUGCUGUUUGCAGUGACCAGCAUGCUGAGUUUCACUCGCUUGGCCUACAUCCUGCCAGCACACGAGUCUCUAGGUACCCUGCAGAUCUCCAUUGGAAAGAUGAUUGACGACAUGAUGAGAUUUAUGUUCAUUUUGGUGAUCAUUGGAACCGCCUUCCUGUGUGGCAUCAACAAUGUCUAUGUCCCAUUUCUGAUGUCCCCUAAUCUUGGAAGAUUAAAUGAAACCUUCAGCUUCCUCUUCUGGACAAUGUUUGGUAUGGCCGACCAGACCUAUGUGGACAUGCCCGAGUUUGUUUUGGCUGAGUUUGUGGGCAGAAUCCUUUAUGGCAUCUACACCCUGAUCAUCGUCAUUGUACUUCUAAACAUGCUGAUUGCCAUGAUCACCAACUCUUUUCAGAAAAUUGAGGAUGAUGCUGAUGUAGAGUGGAAAUUUGCCCGUUCAAAGCUCUACCUGAGUUACUUCAGAGAAGGCCUGACUAUGCCUGUCCCCUUCAACAUAAUCCCCUCUCCAAAGGCUGCUUUCUAUCUUUUAAGAGGAAUUUUCAAACGGAUCUGCUGCUGCUGCUUCAACUGUAACUCUACUCCAGACUACCCUCCAAUCACGUCUAUGGAUGACAAGGGCUCAGGGGAGAACCGGGUUUCCUACAGACAGCAGGUCAUUCGUGCUCUGGUUCAGCGUUACAUCGAAUCUGCCAGGAGAGAGUUUGAAGAAGCCAAACGCAAAGAUGUUGGGAACAGGAUCACAGAGCUGAGUAAAGUGAUCAGCCAGCUACACUCAGAAAUGAAACAGAUUCACACGAACAUAUCUGAAUACUCGGACAACGACAAACCAGACCCAUCAGGAGUCUCUUCUUUCCUGGGGAAGUACAUCAUCGGAGCCAAAAACAACUUCAAGGACUUCGACAACGAGAGAAGGAGCGCUCCGCGGCAUGAGGUUGCACACCACGAAGAACCAGCGCAGACUGUAAAAGAGAAGCAUGAAGAGGGGUCACCGACCACCAACAUAGAGGCAGACGGGACGUCAAAUGAAGUUCAAAGCAGUGAGGGAGAUAUUGGGGAGGGAGGAAAUGAGACAGGAAUUGAUGACGCCAUCGAGAUUAGCAUGAAGGAGGAGGGUGCUGAGAAGAGUACAAGCGAGACAGUCAUAGAUAUAGAGUCCCAUUCAGACAUUGAGAGUGAAGCCAGUGGAAAAAGAGAAGAUGAGACGAUGACAGAGAACACCAAAGAUAAUAUAGAGGAACUGAAUACUGAUGAGGCAACAGGAGGAUCAGAUCUAAAUGAAGCCGAGACAGAGGAAAACAAUGGAACGACAGAAGAUAUUAAUGAGGAUGUAGUUGAAGUGGUAAGUGAGGAAAGUACUAGUCAGGGCAUUAAGUUUGACCUGAGCCAGACAAGCCUAGUGUGUCUUUUAGCAAAGAGGAUUGAGGAAAAGUUAGCGAGGAAAACCCCGCUAGUGACGAAUUUCACUUUCAGUGGAAAGCAAGCGUCAUCUCCAACUGGUAGCGAUGGCUCUCAAGACACUGGUUUUGGUUCUCAAGUAUUUGAGUCCUCAACUAGUAGCCCUUAAUAACGGCAAUUUUCUAAGAUUAGUUCAAAACAACUACCAUAAACCUAGUUGACACCAUUGUUUUAGGUUUAUAAUAAAUAAUAAAAUGCUUUAUGUUUGUGGCAUCAAAAAGUAUUUGGACACAUUUGUCACUGAAAAUGUCUUAAUGUUAGGGUUACAAGUCCCUAAAAGUCUUAGCUGAAAACAAAUUAUGCUAGUGCGUUUAUCUUUUCUCAAAAGAAACUUUUCGUGGAUGUUGAAGUCCGUUCACACAGGUGUAGUUCAUUACAUUAUCCAUGAUGAACAUAUUCAUUUUAUUUCAGCCAGUAAGUACUUUUAAUUUAGAACAAAAUAACAAUUGUUUCUAUCAUUUUAAAGUUAGUUUCCCUUGUUCUGCAGUACUGUUCAAAAGUUUCAAGUCUGUAUGAUUUUUUUAAAGAAAUGUACACAUUUCUCAGCAAUGAUGAGUUAAAUUGAUCAAAAGUGACCGUAAAAACAAUUGCCACAUUACACAAAGCUAAUUUUACAUAAAUAUAUUACAAAAAAAUGCUAUUCUUUUAACUUAACAAAAUAACAAUUGUUUCUAUCAUUUUAAAGUUAGUUUCCCUUGUUCUCCAGUACUGUUCAAAAGUUUCAAGUCUGUAUGAUUUUUUUAGAGAAAUGUACACAUUUCUCAGCAAUGAUGAGUUAAAUUGAUCAAAAGUGACCGUAAAAACAAUUGCCACAUUACACAAAGCUAAUUUUACAUAAAUAUAUUACAAAAAAAUGCUAUUCUUUUAACUUUCUGUAUAAAAAGUAUGUAAUUUUCCACAAAAAAUAUUAAGCAGCACGACUGAUUACAGAAGGAUCAUGUGACACUGAAGACUGGAGUA